GCCCGGGUGCCGCGCGGCAGCUGGGGAGGGGGCCGCGGCUGGGCGCGAGCGGAACAGCUGAUCUGGUUUUCCCCGAAGCCAGGGAAGAUGGAAGUCGGCUAGCGGCGACUGCGGCGCUGCGGGCGGACCGGCGGGCGGCGCGGCAGAGUUUUCAGGAGCUAACUGGGCUCUUGCACCUCCCCUGUGGCAGCAAUGGACCAUUUCCAGCAGAGGAGGUGCCAUGCUGACCCAAAUGCCUGAAAGCCGCUCUCCUCCUGAGAACAAGGAGUCUGAAAAGUGGCAGUGACAGAAGAGGAGAGUCUUGCGGCUGAAGCUGUGGUGCAUGAGGCAAAGGAAGAAGGAGUCUCCUAACUGGUACCACAUACAUCAGAUGGAUGGUCUCUAGCCUGAUUGCAAACCCGCCCUCGGCUGAGUGCUGGGCAGCACUUCUACAUGACCCUAUGACGCUUGAUAUGGACGCAGUCCUGUCAGACUUUGUUCGGUCCACGGGGGCAGAACCUGGUCUGGCCAGAGACCUGCUGGAAGGCAAGAACUGGGACCUGACAGCUGCUCUAAGCGACUAUGAGCAACUCCGACAGGUGCACACAGCCAACCUGCCACAUGUGUUCAACGAAGGGAGGUGCGCCAAGCAGCCGGAGCGAGAACUGCCCCAGCCUGGGCACAAGGUGGAGCGGCCCUGCCUGCAGAGGCAGGACGAUAUUGCCCAAGAGAAGCGACUUUCCCGGGGAAUUUCCCAUGCCAGCUCGGCCAUCGUCUCCCUCGCCCGAUCCCACGUGGCGAAUGAAUGCAGCAACGAGCAGUUCCCCCUGGAGAUGCCCAUCUACACGUUCCAGCUGCCGGACCUGAGUGUGUACAGCGAGGACUUCAGGAGCUUCAUCGAGCGGGAUUUGAUCGAGCAGGCCACCAUGGUGGCUCUGGAGCAAGCAGGUCGCCUGAACUGGUGGUCGACUGUGUGCACGAGCUGUAAAAAGCUUCUUCCUUUGGCCACAACCGGGGAUGGGAACUGCCUCUUACACGCCGCCUCACUGGGAAUGUGGGGCUUUCAUGACCGGGACCUGGUUCUGCGGAAAGCUCUCUACACCAUGAUGAGGACUGGUGCUGAGCGGGAAGCCCUGAAGCGGAGGUGGAGGUGGCAGCAGACACAACAGAACAAGGAGUCAGGGCUGGUGUACACCGAGGAGGAGUGGGAGCGGGAGUGGACAGAGCUGCUAAAACUGGCCUCCAGCGAGCCUCGAACACACUUCAGCAAGAACGGCAGCGGCACAGGUGGUGGUGUGGACAACGCUGAGGACCCUGUGUAUGAAAGCCUGGAAGAAUUCCAUGUCUUCGUCCUAGCCCACAUACUACGGAGACCCAUCGUGGUGGUGGCAGACACCAUGCUAAGGGACUCCGGUGGAGAAGCAUUUGCACCCAUCCCAUUUGGAGGGAUCUACCUGCCCUUGGAGGUGCCUCCCAACAGGUGCCACUGCUCACCCCUGGUUCUGGCCUACGACCAAGCGCACUUCUCGGCCCUUGUGUCCAUGGAACAGAGAGACCAACAGAGAGAACAAGCUGUGAUCCCUCUAACGGACUCGGAGCACAAGCUGCUGCCCCUGCACUUUGCGGUGGACCCGGGGAAAGACUGGGAGUGGGGGAAAGACGACAACGACAAUGCCCGGCUAGCCCACCUCAUCCUGUCCCUAGAAGCCAAGCUGAACCUUCUACACAGCUACAUGAAUGUGACGUGGAUUCGCAUCCCCUCAGAGACCCGGGCUCCCCUUGCACAGCCAGAGUCUCCAACAGCCUCGGCAGGGGAGGAUGUGCAGUCCCUGGCGGAAUCGCUGGACUCGGACCGCGAUUCUGUGUGCAGCAAUUCAAACAGCAAUAAUGGCAAGAACGGUAAGGACAAGGAGAAGGAGAAACAGCGCAAGGAUAAGGACAAGACACGCGCGGACUCCGUGGCCAACAAGCUGGGCAGCUUCAGCAAGACGCUGGGCAUCAAGCUGAAGAAAAAUAUGGGGGGACUUGGCGGCCUGGUGCACGGUAAGAUGGGUCGUGCCAACUCCGCCAAUGGCAAGAACGGCGACAGCGCCGAGCGCAGCAAGGAGAAAAAGUCCAAGUCGCGAAAGGGCAGCAAAGAGGAAUCGGGAGCGUCAGCUAGCACCUCGCCGUCGGAGAAGACGACGCCGUCGCCCACGGACAAGGCGGCGGGCACGUCGCCCAACGACAAGGGCAGCGGGUCCAAAGGCGACGCCUGGAAGUACAGCACGGACGUGAAGCUGAGCCUCAACAUCCUGCGCGCCGCCAUGCAGGGCGAGCGCAAAUUCAUCUUCGCCGGCCUGCUGCUCACCAGCCACCGGCAUCAGUUCCACGAGGAGAUGAUCGGCUACUACCUGACCAGCGCGCAGGAGCGCUUCAGCGCGGAGCAGGAACAGCGGCGCCGGGACGCCGCGGCCGCCGCCGCCGCCGCCACCGCCACCGCCAUCGCCACGGCCAAGCGGCCGGCGCGCAGGCCCGAGGCGGCGGCCCGGGACGAGGCGUGCGCGCCGGCCGUGGGCGCGCUGCGGCCGUGCGCCACCUACCCGCAGCAGAACCGCUCGCUGUGGUCGCAGAGCUACAGCCCGGCGCGCGGCGCGCUGCGCACGGUCAACACGGUGGAGUCGCUGGCGCCCGGGGGAGCGGACGCCCCGGGCCCCGCGGAACCCAAGUCGCAGACCUACAGCAACGGCUUCGGCGCGGCCCGCGACGGGCUGGAGUUCGCCGACGCCGAGCCGCCGGCCGCGCGCUCGAACACUGAGGGCGGCCGAGGAGGCCCCGGGCCCGCGCAGCGGCGCUGCCAGCGGGAGAACUGCGCGUUCUACGGGCGCGCGGAGACCGAGCACUUCUGCUCUUACUGCUACCGCGAGGAGCUGCGGCGGCGGCGCGAGGCGCGCGCGGCGCGGCCCUGAGCCGCCCGGGACUGCUUUUCCAUCCCGUGGGUCUUUUUUACUUGCUCUGGGCAGCCGAAGGGCCGGCGCCUCCUCGGUCAGUGCCGUGUACGUGUUUGGUCAAACGUUCCUAAUGGUGCCUGAACCUACACUGAUGCCACUCAGGUAGCAGACGGAUAGGAAACAAGUCAUACUGUUGGAAGUGGGUGUGCUAGCCUAGCAUCUGCCUCGUACCUGUGGAAACUCAAUAGCCAUUGCAAGAGUAUUUUUGUUCCUCUAUACGAGAAAUAAAGAAAAUCGCAGCCCUUUGUUUUUAGAAGGGAGUGUUUUACAUGCUUUUUUUUUUUUUUUUUCCUAACCUAGGGACUGACCUCUUCCAAGUAGCGGUCAUUUGCGUGCGAUUGGUAGCACGCGGGGUUUAGAAGCAAACGCACAGCCAGCCCUGCUCUCACCUGCUUCCCACCUGGGUCCCUGGAGACCUCCAGCAGGCACCUUGCUACCCGCUGACGCUGGCCCCUUAGGACUCCCCAGCUCCAUCUCAUAAGCAGACCCUCCUCCCAAGGCCCCCUGGCUCGAGCAACAUUCACACUGCCAUCCAAGCCGCGGGCGACCACAGAAUGGGCACCGGACAACCUACCUCUCAGGGCACGGCGAGGUGUAGCGAUCGCUCCCAGUGCCGGGCAGCUCAGGUGACAGGGGCUUCCCAGAGACGCUUGGGAUGCAAAGAAGCAGGGUCCUGAACUUACAAUCGGAUCGGCCCACCCAUGAGCCAGCAUGACAGGCUGCUCAUGUCUCCUUUGAAGACGUAUGUACAGUGGACUCUUGACGGAGGGCCCCUUAGGAGGUGAUAUCACAUCCGUGCCCCAGAGGAGGGGACAGAAUUGACCCCUUGGUCACUGUGUCAGCCCCCGUUGGGCUGCUUUGAACCCAGCCUGGCCUCCUUCCAUAGGGUAGGGGCUGAGAGGCUGGGAGGGAAAGAAACCACUCCUCCCCCACCUGCGUCUGUCAGGGUUCAGCCAGGUUAAAGGGCUCUCUGCUGGUGGAGACCCUUCCCAGGGCGGGUGGCCCUGCUCCUGGCUCCAUGCCACAUCGAGGGAGCAGCCCAGUCUCUGAACAGUCUCCUUUUUGGUGCCUCCUACAUUUCUUGAGGAAAAUUUAAAAAAUAAUAAUGUGUCCUUAGCUACCCUGUUUUGAGCAGCAAUAUGCAGCCUUUCCUUCCAAGAUUACCUCUGCAGACCACUGUUCUUGGCCAAGGACACUGAGGAGCUAGUCCUCACUAAAGAGCUAGCUUGCUUCCAGGAAUUAUGGGUAAGAUGGGUAAAAUCCUCACUAACAAAGCCACACAUUCAUACCUGUGAGAGCUUUAGACUAGCCCCUGAAGACCCUAAAACAGGAGAAAGCACCUGCUUAUCCUCAGAAAGUUCGGGAACUGGGUCACACCUUCCCUGGAGCCAGCCUCUCCCUCUGAAAGGAUGCUUCAUCCCCGUGACACCCAGAGCAGCAAAAGCAAAAAUUAAAAUUUUCAAAAGAUGGGGAGGGAAUUUUUUUUUUACUUGUUUGGAAAAUGAUAAUAAAAUAACUGAGU